UUAUUUCUUUUUUAUAAAAAAAUUUAGUUAACAUUGAUUUAUAACAAUAUUAUAUUAUUAAUUAUGAAAUUAAUUAAUAUGUUAUUUUAUAAAAAUAUUUAAAUUUUAAGGAAGAUUUUGUUAGAUUUUUCUCAACAGAUUUUGUUAUAAUUAAAAAAUAAAAUUCAAAUUUAUAGUUGGUUUAUUAUUAAUGUAAAUAAUCAAAUAUGUCAUAUUAACUAUUUCUUUAGGUGGUCCUACUAUGACUUACUAAUGGUAGAUAAAAAUAGAACCCUAAAUUAAUAGAUUAGAUGGUUAAGAUAACAAUAAUAUUAUUGUAAUAAUAUCAAAUACAUUGAUAAAUUGAAAAAAUUUUCUACUCACGUGCGGGUUAAAAUCUAGUUUUAGAAUUAUACAACAUCUUGGUUCUUACCAGAGUUUUUUUUUGGGAGGGGUGUGGGAGGAAGGGGUGAGGAUAUUUGGAAGUGAUAUGUGCGUUUUGACCAGUAUUGUUUACGGCUAGUAAUUUGUCAAAAUCGUUUUGAAUAUAGAAAACCACUAAGGGGGUGACUGUGUGGAUGUAAUUUUUUUUUUUGUGAGACUGUAUGUUUUCUUUUUGUGAAGUAUGUCUUUUUUCGGUAAAAGUGACUGUAUGUUUACCAUAGAAUAUAUUUUUAUUCUAACUUCUAAGUUAUUAUAGUUUUAACUAAAAUAUUAUCAAUCAGAUAGAAAAUAUUUUUUUUCAUGUUUACUCUAGCUACUGCUUUAACAGAAAAAUACAUUUUUUAUUUUUUUUAAUUUAGCUAGAGUAACACUAUUUACUCCAUUUUUCACUUUUUCUUUCUUAUAUUUUCUCAUUUUUAGUUUCAUUUCUUGAUUUUUACUUCACUUUACUCUAACCAAAUCAAUCUACUACGAAACCACAUUAUCAGUUCAAAUCAUAAAACACAGUCCAUAAAAAAAAUCACACUAAUAUCUUUUAGUUCUCUUUUAUUGGUCAAGUUCUCCCAUUGAUUUUUCCUUCGGGUGGAAGACAGGAAAUGAAAAUGGUCUCAAAUCAUCUGUCACAACAAAUUAGUGUUUUUUGUAGCAAAGCAUACAAAAAUAUAUAUUUUAAAAAUAUAUAUAUGUGAGACAGUCUAUUCUGUCCGUACUAAUAGGUGAGAGAGAGUAGAGAGAGAGAGAGUAGAUCCGCUUUUGGCUCCGGCGGACGGUCGGCGCGUGAGCGCGCGUGCCGUCGCCGGAGACCUCGUCCUUCCGUUUAAGUUUGUUCUUUCUGCUCCUCCGUCGUCUCCUUUCUCAGAUCGUCUUGUCUGAGCCCUGGUCCAGGUCAUCUAUCAUCGUUCAUCUCCGGGAGAUUACGAUCUCAACGGUGGCUCUGUUACUGGUGUUAAGGCGCGGUCGUGUGGAGAGGAUGGUGUGGUGAUGUCGUCCGGUAGUUUCAGUUUCGUUUCCGGGAGACAGAGGCUCAAUAAGCUCUGUCGCCGCCGGCUCUUGCUUCCGGGAGGAGGAGGCUUCCUCAGAUCCUCGUUCUCCGGCUUUGUUUCCGGGGCGCCAAGGCUUCUAUAGCUCGGCGUCGUCGGCUCUCGGUGUUCUAUGUCCGUCGUAGACUACGGUUUGUGGCCCGAUUUUGGGUCGGGUUUGUUUCUUAGGUUAUGAGGUUCGUGGCUUUGAUCUCUUGGAGGAGCUCUUGAAUAGAUCGAGAAGGCUAUCCAUGGUGAAGAUAAAGCGUGGUUAAAAAGAGAUGGUUCGGUGGAGGCUUGCUGGUGAAUCGAGCUCUGGCGUAACUAGGGUUGGAUGGAGGGUGCCGGCGGCGCAUAGGCGAGCACGCGGUCAGGUCGAGGCGGAUGGGACGCGUGUCGUUCCCGAGGAAGAAGUUCUCAUCACUUGUUGGGCCUCCUUGAUGCGGGCCUGCUUAAGUCGUCCGGGCUUCCUUCUAGUUGUUUGGGGCGUAGGCCCGUGUAGUUGUGAGUAGUUGGCCAUGUGUUGUUGGGCCUUAAGUGUUUUAUCGUUUGGGCUUUGGCCAGUGUAGUUGCUGGGUUUGGUUCUAUGUUUUCUUAAUAAUAAAAUCUUGACGGAAAAAAAAAACUUACCCAAAAGCUACAAUAAUUGAAGAAAAUACAAAUAAAUAAAAUGUGAAUUUCCAUCAAUUGAUUUGAGGUGGCAGGGAGACCACUCAUAGUUGGGACGGCACCUAAAUUGUAUGAAUUCCAGAAUUAGAAUUAUUCCUUUUUUCUUAAGCUUAUCAAGAUAUAUAAUUUUUUUUUCUUGUGUAAACCGUUUAAUCAUUUAAGAACUUAAGAAAAAGGCGACAGUUUGAUUGUAAUCCCUUGUUCGAAUACACGGGCCCUGGUCUUGAUGCGGUCAUUAAUACUCACAACAACGUAUAUCAGUCGAAAACAACCCAAAUUACAUGCAUUAAUCAUUCAAUCGAGUGAACUUCGAAUCUCCAUCUUAUUUGUGGGUUACAUCAAAAUCCAAAUUUAUUUUACCUGAUACUAUCUACUCCUAUCUUUUAUUUUUUUGUAAAAUGUUCAAAUGGUACUAUCUAUCUUGAAGUUUGGUAAAGUCAAUUUAGUAUUUUAUCAACAUGUUAAAUUUAGAUUUGAUACAAAACAAGCAAAAUGGUGAACCAGAGUUUGCAUGGGAAAACAGAACAAGACCAAAAGACUUUUGUCAAAAAACAAGACCAAAAGACAAUUCGACCACAAAAUGGAGGACCGUAAAAUGUUUGCAAUUCACAAAUGGUUAAAAAGAAAUAAUACUAAUAUACUUUACGAAAAACGAUAGUUCAGAACAACUGAAAAUAAAAAUAAUUAGAUGAAAUAAAAUUAAACGGAGGCGCGUGUUGUUCGACGGAGAGAAAGUCGCGUGAAUGUACGGAAGCUUUAGACAGCCUGGAAAUCACAUACGUGUCGUGUAAGAAUGAAAGUGAGCACCUUUCAAUUAUCACCGUCGAUCCGUAGGUGAAUUGCACGCUCUGCCUUCAUGCCAUGUGGCAGUGGUUCCAUACAAUAUGCAGUUGGAGUUAACUGAAAGCAAUUACUAUAACGUAUUUUAAUCGAAAACUGCUGAAAAAUAAUAUGGAAAUAACACAUUCAAAAGUGAUCCCACAUGAAAGAAUUAUUAUUGAAUGUUAAAAAGGUCCAAGAAAAUAAUAAAAUUUUAGAUGGCAUUACUUAUUGUUGUUUAAUCAAAUCGGACAAUUAUCCAAAUUUUGAUUUGUUUUCAUGAAAACUUUAAAUCAAAAGAUAAAGAGGACGGACCUAUAUUUAAAAUGGGCAUUACUAUUGUGCAUGUCUUGGUGCGACUUUUAGCAUUAUUGCGAUAUAAAGACUAAUAAAAUCAAUGAAAUAUUAAUUUCACUGACAUUAUCUUACAGUUUGUGAUCAUUUUGAGCAAUUUUGUUUAAUUAAGUGGGUUGUUUAACAUUUAAAAGAUACAACUAGAUUUUAACCGCACUUAAAAGUGCGGGUUUGUUUUUUCACCUCUUGAUCUAAUAUUGAUUGGAAAACUACUUUUAUCUUUUGUUUCAAAUCUUACAAAUUUAUGUUUUAAAAAAAAAAUCAAAGUGUGGUAUUUAUUCGAAGUAGAUUUAAAGAUUAUGUGUGAUUUAAUAGUAUAUAUAUAUAUAUAUAUAUGUAUAUUAUAUAUUGAAGAAUAAUGUGUUUUCAAUAUUGAAAUGUAGUAACAAUAUGACUUGCUUAUUUUAAAUUGAAAAUGAAUUUCUAUUGUUACAUAUUUGUAUCACAGUUAUAACCAUCAAUAUAUAUUAUUUUUAUCUAUAUUCAAUUUCAAAUGUACUACUUUUUGGACUCGUUUUCAAAGCACGAGUAUAUUUGUUUGUUGACAAUUUUAGUAAAAUUUGCAUGAAUUUAUAAAAUUUUAUUAUAAAAAAUAAUUUAAGAGUUUUUUGUUAUGAUGUUUGAAUUUUAAGAAGCGUUUUCCUAUCCGACUCGGAGCCGUGAUCAAACAGUAUAUCCGGUACCCAGUAUAUAAUCUGGUUCGGAUUUAAAAAAAUGUUAAUUAAAAAUCUGAUAUAAUCCGGUAAAAACUCCAAGAGUCCACUAUUAUUGGAAGUAGUUUUUAUAAAAAAUGAUUUAAAUCUAACAAAGUUAAAAAAAAAAAAAACAAACCCGUGGUCUCAAAUAAAUUAAUUUAAUUUCUUAAAAAAUAAUAUAUCAUGUGGUCAAAUUCGAUAUAUAUGAUUCUGAUGGGUUAUAGUCAUACUAUUGUAGUACAUUGUUAUACUAUAAUUUUGAGUAAUUAUAUGUUAAAUAAUAACAUAUGUGGCUAAAAAAAUUUUCUACUGAUUUGUGUAUACUAAAAGUAUUGUUUAAUUUUGUCAUAAAACUUUCUUAUAUGACAAUUCGAAUGAUUACUAAUAACAUUUUAAGUUACAAAAAAAAAAAUUAAUGUUGCAGCUCUAAAGUUGGUUGUUCGUGUUUUAUUAUUUGUAGGUGGAAGAAAAGAUCAAUGCAUGAUUUGCAUAUACCAGUUCGAUGGGCUCUUAUGCAUGAAUCAAAGUGAAUAUGUCAAAUUUAUUUAAUAAAGUAGUGUUUUAUCAUAUUUGAAAUCGUAAGGUAUGUAAUCACUAAUUUAGUAACGAUUCAAAAUAUUAAUCCUAGAUAAUAGGCAUUAUUAUUAGGAUAUUUUUUGAAAAUAAUGGUUCCACAAUAAUAGGAUAAUUAACAAUAGGAUAUAAGAGAAAAAUAGAAAAUAUGACAUAUUAAUAGUUUAGAUAUAUUUAGUUUAAUUUGUAGGUUAAAAGGAAAAGGUCCAACAACCUUACAUAAGUAGAUUUUUUAGGACUUUUUCCCUUAUAAUAGUAUUGAUGCUAAUAAAUUGAUUGAUAAAGUUAAACCAGAUUAAACAAUUAAUAAAUAAUACUAAUAAGAAUACAUAUUGGGAAAACCAACCCCUACAUUUUCUUUUAUCAAAAAGAAAACAUUAAAUUUUUGUGUACCUGAUUAUUUUACCAUUUUAGAGUUUACAAAAAGCUAGUACUAUCCAUAAUUUCCAAGAAGUUCCAAUUCAUAGAAUCUAUGCAGAAGUCGGAACAAACAAUGCCCAUGUGAACUUCACAUUCACAUCUCAAAACUUCGUUUCCCGAUGGACACACGACUCUAAGUAUAUGUAUAAUCUAUUAUAAACUAAUAGACAUUGUAAUUGAUUAAUGUACGUUACAUGAAUACUACACGUGAAAGGUUAAAAAGAAAAAAAUGUGAAUUACAACAAAAAAAAGGAGAAAUGUGAAGCAUCGAUUGGCCAGAUCCCCAGAGGGGGGAGGGAGGACACAGUGCUCUGAGUUAAUAAGAUUUGAGAUCUGCGACGUUAAAACUCAAAACGAGUCGAAACCAAAUAAUUAAUAACUUUUUUGUACUGUCAUCUUCAACUUGCUUCAUUAAAAAGACGACGCAUGAAAUAGAUAACAAGAGGAGGAAAACCAAAUUUGCUUUCGUUGGCUUCAGGUGCAAGACGCAUGAAGCCGACAUGAAUAAAGGAUGGCUCGUGUAUGGAUUUAUCUCUACUAAUAAUAUCCGCUGUAUUUUUCCACUGGCUAAUCAUAGAUGAUGACAGUGUCGUCUCAACAAAACUAAUUUUAUUACAUCAUAAAAAAUAGUAGUAUUAUUAUUAUUACAUACAGCGAAAGUAAUGAAAGCGGGUAUGAAUGAAUUAAAGGCAGUUUUGCCGACAUGCAGACAUGAGACAUGUAGAUAGAUUGCGGCCCGAGAAGGUGACAUGCGCAAAUCUAUUUGAUAAGACUCGGAAUCUUUUCAUCACGAGAUCUGACCCUAUCUUCCUCCAUUAUCAUUUCUCAUGACAUGGUUUAUCACUUCAGUAUUUAGCAUGUGUGGAUAAUGUGCGACGAUACCUGUUUGAGGAUUCCGCCUGAAAAUAAUUUUAACCAAGAUCAACCACACACGAAUUACGAGUUCAUUUAUAAAUAUUUAACCAACUCUAUAAGGAAAAAAAGAUAAACACACACUUUCUGACUGCCUCCUGGAGUGUACAGUGUACUAUGUUGUAAAGUUCAUCUUCACUAUUUCAUUUUUUUUUGUGCAAACUGAAUUCAUUCAUAAUUUUAAGUUAGUUCAAGGCCUGUAGAGUCUGUUUGGCCACAGAUUUCAGUUCUAACAUUAGCUGCUCUAAGAAUAAAGAUAAACUUGAUUGUUUUAAAUGAAAGAGAUAGAAGAUAGAUAUCACGAAGGAUUCCAAAAAUCUAUAGCUUCAUCUCCUGCCGAUUCAGAGUUUUGAUUAAGAUCUGCGAGUUUGAAAAGAGCGAGAUGAAAUCGAUUCCGUGAUCUAGAGCAAAGGUCAUGGCCGUGGAGACAGCCAAGGUUUCUGCCAUGAGGGACGACGACGAGACAAGUGUCGAAGUCGCUUCAUAUUUCUGAAAUAUACUAAAAGAAAAAAAAUCAAUAUAAAAAACAAUAAUCUAGCGUGUUACGUCAAAGGGAUGAUACCAUAACAUAAUACCCAUGGCAUAAUACCCUACUAAUCAUCUAGUAAAUUCAUUAUGCACGAAAGUCAUGCAUGAUUUGAUGACUAGCUUUUUCUUUUGGUAAUAUAUUUUAAAAUCAAAAGAAAUCAGAAGCACUUUGGAUUUGCCAAAUAUAGACAAUAAUCAUAAUUCCAAUCCAUCAUCAUGGUGUAAAAGUGGAGUAUACUUGGAAUUAAUAAACGAACCAAAGUUCAUUCAUAACUGAAACGAACCAAAGUUCAAAUAGGGGAGAAAAGAGUUAAACUACUAUAUAUCAAUUAGUUCGAACUUCAAAUGGCUAAACUAAAAGAAAAAAAAAUCAAUAUAAAAAACAAUAAUUUAACGUGUUACGUCAGAGGGAUGAUACCAUAACAUAAUAACCCAUGACAUAAUACCCUACUAAUCAUCUAGUAAAUUCAUUAUGCACGAAAGUCAUGCAUGAUUUGAUAACUUUUUUUUUUUGCCAUCUAGUAUAUUGCAUUCAUAUGACAAAGGGUUCAAGUUUUUGUACAACACAGACUAACCAAAGGAGGUAUAUAAACAUCAAAAAACAUGAGAGCACCAUCGAGGUGCACCAGUUGCAACGUAGGAUUGAAAUCUGAAGUCCUGAACUGCACUAGUAGCUAUAAGGCGUGCUCCUCUGUUAGCUUCAAACGAUUCACAGAGCACCCGCGAAGCCAAAAAAUUCCUUAGUAAUAAUCUGAUUUCCAUCACUUUGAACUUGAAGGAAGGCCAUUCGCGAGGUCUGAUGAUGGCAUUUACUAGCAUUCUUCCUUCAAAAGCAAAGUGUACCUUUAAGUAUCUGUGAUUCUUCAUGCUUUCAAUAGCCCAAGCAACACUGACAAAUUGGGCUUCACUUUUCGAUUCCACUUCCCCAAAAGACCGUCUGCUAUGGAGAAGAACUGUACCUGAUGAGUCUCUCACUACCCAAGCCGCCCCUGCAAUUUUCUUUUUCUUCUCCCAUUUGAAACCAAUAUUGCACUUGAGGAAAUCCACCAGAGGGCACUUCCAAGCAACUGGGGAUUGGAUAGAUGGAUCCCUAUGAUCAUCUGCCCUCCUUUCCAAAUUCUGAGCUACAUACCAUAAACGGGUUUCCUCUCGAGCUUUGUUUCCCAAAUGCUCACUGUCGAACAAAAAACCUUCAAAUAGCAAGUGAUUCCUGUUUUUCCAUAAAUACCAAAGUAUCCACGGGAAAACCUUCGUCAUUUCACUCAUUGUUUCAUCAACUUGCAAGGAAUUAAAAAGGAAGGCCAUGUUCACGUAAUAAUUGCCUGAUUGGAUUUAGAGUUUUCCCUUUUUUGGGCUUUAGUUUCUCUCUCGCUAAGUAUCCUUUUUUAGUGAGUGGAGCACAGCUGUCUUUCUAAAAAGUGACACGUCCACCACAAAACUUAUCUCUUCUGGUAGUUUUGCGGUGUAAUCUUCAAAAAUCUAGGGUUUGUUCAUAACUUUUACCGGCGGAGAAGUUAAAUUUUCAGAAAUUUCUGUAAAAUCAAGAUGUCAUACGCUAUGGAUAAAGCGUUGAUGGCUCUAUCGUUGGAAGAGGAAGAUGAACCGUUCGAUAUGCCUGAUCUUCCUCAGUACAAAUCGUGUGAAAGGAACUCCCGAAGUAUUAUCGGAAGGAUUCUUAAUCCAGACUGCCAGAAGAUGCCGGGUUUGAUUCGCGAGAUGCCAAGAACGUGGCAGAAGCAAGGGAAAGUUAGAGGAAUAGCUUUGUCCAAGGAACGGUUCCAGUUUGUUUUCGAUCAUGAACAUGAUCUGCUGGAGGUUCUAGAAAAAGGUGUUCAUACCUUCAACGACUGGACUUUAGCGAUUGAUCGAUGGGUGGAGAAGCCCCCUGAGGAUUACUUACAAUUCAUCCCUUUAUGGGUUCAAAUCAGAAAUCUCCCUGUCAAUUAUUAUACGAAGGAAGCUAUUACCGCUCUUGGUGAGAAGAUAGGUGCAGUCAAGGUGGUGGCUUUUGAUCCUGACAAGCCACAAGUGCAAGACUAUGUAAGGAUCCAAGUACGUUUCGAUGUCUCCAGACCACUACGGAAAUCAAAAGUUGUCAAUCUUCCGGAGGGAGGCUCUGCAGUGGUUCUCUUUAACUAUGAGAGAAUAAGAAAGCGAUGCUAUGAAUGUCAAAGAUUGAACCACAAAAAAGAUAUUUGUCCACUUCUGAAUAGGAAUCGACGGGAGGCUGCUGCUCUGAGGAGUGAGCGGGUUAUCAUGGACAGUCACAGAAAUGAAGUCAUCUUGCAUCAAGACGAUCCUCUGUUUGGGGUUCUUUCUGAAGAUCAAGUUGGAAUUUGCAAGAUGACAGGAAGAAGGAAAAUAGCGCCAGAGGUUUUGGAAGAAAUGAGAAGAUAUUUAUUAAUGGCAACAGAGGAAGAUAAGAAGAUUAGAAUUGACCGGGUCAGAUCAUCAGUAGCUGAAGCGGAGAAAGACCCUUUUCUGCAGAAGACAAUGUUGCGCUUAGAAACUGCUCCGACCUUUACCAAUCAAAUUGACAAAGGAAAAGGUGUUGUCUAUGAUUUCGACCUUAAUACUUCCGCUGAGCCAAGAUUGGAAGCCAAAGAUUCUGCUGACAAACUGAUGGCUUCUGCAAUCAAAGCUAAUAUCGCUGGUAGCUUGGUUCAUCGCUGGGAAGAUUUGAGGGUAUCAGAUAGAAAUGCGGAUCUUGGGAGUAUUGUUCAUCAGGCCUUCCUUCCUCAUGAACCUUCCUCGUCAAGGGUGUCAGAGAGAGGUCAUGAUUCGACAGCAAGCUUACAUGGGAACUCUACGGAAUAUGGUCCUGGAUACUUUGUGUCCAAGCCAUCCGGGGUUGUCCACAAAAGCUCUAAAUCGAGGAGAAGACCUUACAUCAAGAAAAGACGUGAACAACAAGGUCAGUCAUCAGGAAUUCUUCACCAGCUCUACGGUGAAAACGAAGGAACAGAGAAGCUCGGUUCUAAAAGAAAGGCGGGAGACGCUAUUUUGAAGGGUGACAAAAUGGCGCGACUCAAAGAAUCAAGGGUGGUCCCAAUGGAGGGACCGCCGAAGCCUCAAUGAGCAUUAUCUCCUGGAAUUGUCAGGGCCUGGGGCGGCCUCAGGGUCUGACAAUUCAACGCCUUAGGGAAAUGCGUCAAAAACGUUUCCCUGAGGUGCUACUGCUUAUGGAAACUAUGAAUACUAGGAAUGUUUUGGUUGACCUUCAGGUCUGGUUGGGCUAUGAUCAUGUAUAUACGGUGGAUCCUGUUGGACAUGCUGGGGGUUUGGCUAUUUUUUGGAAGAAAUCUGUAAAUAUAAAGUUUCUGGAUGUGCAUAAGAACUUGGUUGAUUGUAUAAUUCAGUUUGGCGACACCUCUUUUUUUGCGUCUUGUAUCUAUGGGCCGACGCAUUAUAAAAGAAGGGUCGAUCUCUGGGAAAGGAUCAGUAGAAUAGGUGUGAAUAGAAAGGAAAGCUUUUGCGUCUUUGGUGAUUUUAAUGAUAUUUUGCAUAACGGAGAAAAGACGGGUGGUGUCUGGAGACAAGAUGAGUCCUUCGCUCCUUUCAAUCAAAUGAUUAAUGCUUGUAAGCUAGAAGAGCUUCAGAGUCAUGGGAACGGUUUUACUUGGAGCGGGUUAAGGAGUAACUCUUGGGUUCAUACCAGACUAGACAGAUGUUUUGGAAACAGGGCUUGGUUCAAGAAGUUUCCUUGCUCUAACCAGACGUUUUUAGAUAAGCGUGGAUCGGAUCACAGGCCUGUUCUUAUACAUCUGAUUGAAAGCCAAGAAAAGUAUAGAGGUUGGUUCCGGUUUGAUAGAAGAUUCUUGGAGGUAGAAGGGGUUCAUGAUAGUGUGGCAAAUGCCUAGGAUUUUGCUACAAGUAACGGUUUGGGCUCAGUCUCAAAGGCUCUAAAAGCUUGCAGAAGAUCUCUAAGCGGUCUAAAGAAGCAUUCAAACAUGAAUUCAGGCGAUAGAAUUCACCAAGCUGAAGCUGCUCUGGAGCAUGAACAAUCAGCUUUACAACAAUCAACUGCUCGAAUUCGAUUGCUGAAAGAAGAUCUGGUUAAGGCCCAGAGAGAUGAAGAGACAUACUGGUGGCAGAAGAGCAGAGACAAAUGGCUUAGUCGAGGGGAUCGUAACUCUCAUUUUUUUCACAUCUCUGUGAACGCUGCUCGUGCAAGGAAUAACAUUGACAAGCUUGUCAACGCCGAGGGAGAGGAGGUCUUCUCAGAGGCUGCUAAGGGUGAAGUUGCAGUAGACUUUUUCAGAAAUCUCUUCAGGUCAACGAACCCUGCUCCAUUUACUGACUGGUUCAACGAUAUGCAACCAAGAGUUUCUGAUCAACUAAACAUGGAUCUGUUGAGACCUGUGACGAAUUUGGAAAUCAAAGAAGCGGUUUUUUCAAUAAAUCCGACGAAAGCUCCAGGCCCUGACGGUAUGUCAGCCCUUUUCUUUCAGAAAUUCUGGACUAUCAUUGAAGAGCAAGUGAUAGCGGAGGUGCAGAAAUUCUUUAACUUUGGUAUUCUACCAAAGGAAUGGAAUUACACACACUUGUGUCUGAUCCCUAAGAUUGCAGAUCCAAAGACAGUUUCAGAUUUAAGACCUAUUAGUCUUUGUUCGGUGAUCUACAAGAUUGUUUCAAAGAUUAUGGUCAGAAGACUUCAGCCUUGGUUGCAGGUCUUGAUCUCUCCAACGCAGUCUGCAUUUGUCUCCUAGAGACUGAUGUCUGACAACAUCACCAUUGCGCACGAGUUAGUUCACUCGCUAGGGGCUUCAGGCUCGUUUGCUUCAGACUUUAUGGUGGUAAAGACAGAUAUGUCAAAGGCUUUUGACAGAGUGGAAUGGGGUUAUUUGAGAUCACUCCUGCUAGCGCUUGGAUUCAAUGAGAGAUGGGUUAACUUGAUCAUGAAAUGCGUCACCACAGUAACGUAUUCAAUUCUGAUUAAUGACCAGCCUCAUGGAAUGAUUACGCCUAAAAGGGGUCUUAGGCAGGGAGAUCCCCUAUCCCCUUUUCUGUUUGUGCUGUGUACGGAGGGUUUAACUCAUUUGCUGUCAAAGGCUGAAAGGGAGAACAGAUUGUCAGGUCUGAGAUUUGGGGAGCACGGUCCCUCUAUUCAUCAUCUUCUUUUCGCUGAUGAUUGUUUAUUCUCUUGCAAAGCUGAUGAAGAUCAGAGUAAGACUUUGAUAGAAAUACUACAUCGCUAUGAAGCAGUCACUGGUCAGUCGAUCAACCCAAUUAAAUCUUCUAUUAUCUUCGGGAAAGGCGUUCUUGAGGAGAACAAAACUAAAGUAAAGCAGAAAUUGGGGAUUGAAUCAGAAGGUGGUGAGUCCAUGUACUUAGGACUUCCAGAAUGCUUCAAAGGGUCAAAGAUAAAGCUCUUUGCCUAUCUUAAAGAGCGGUUAGGUAGGAGGAUCUCGGGCUGGCAUGCUAGAACGCUCUCUCAAGGUGGAAAAGAGGUGUUGAUAAAAGCAGUGGGAUCAGCUUUACCUGUCUCUGCUAUGUCGGUUUUCAAAAUACCAAAGACGGUCAUUUCUUCUCUCUCGAAUGCUCUAGCAUCUUUCUGGUGGAGUAAUGUUGAGCACAAAAGGAAAAUCCACUGGUUGAGCUGGGAGAAAAUGUGCUUACCAAAGGCUUUGGGGGGUAUGGGCUUUAAAGAUUUAGAGUCUUUUAACCAGGCUCUCUUGGCAAAACAAGCGUGGAGGAUCUUUCACUUUGAUGACUGUCUGAUGGCGAGAGUGCUUAAAAGUAAAUACUUUGAAAGUUCUUCUUUCUUGAAUGCGCAGUUAGGAAGAAGACCUUCAUAUGCUUGGCGCAGUAUUCUUAAUGGGAGAGAGCUACUGAUGCAAGGGCUGAAGAUAUCAGUAGGUAAUGGAACUAGCCUAAAGGUUUGGUCUGAUCCUUGGAUGGAGGAUGAGGAGGGUUUGUGCAGGCCUCCUCUGAGGAAACAAAGCUUUUUCGACGCGAACCUGCAAGUCUCUUCACUGAUCAACGCUCAAACAAGAAGAUGGAGCCGCAGUCGUUUGCAAGAGCUCUUCGUUCCUGCAGAUAUUAAAGUUCUUAUGCGCAAUCAACCGGUGGUAUCAGAGCCAGAUUCCUCUUUUUGGAAGCACACUCCAAAUGGAAUCUAUUCUGUCAAAACUGGAUAUGACCUUGCUUUUUGGAGAAACAACUCGGCUCUCCUUCACUUACAGCAAGCUCAACCGUCUCUGCAUCCCUUGACGGCUCAGGUAUGGAAUCUGAAGGCUCCUCCAAAGGUUAAGGUCUUCGUAUGGAAAGCUCUUUCUGGAGCUUUAUCUGUCUUUGAUUGCCUUAGUGCCCGAGGAAUAAAAUGUGACACGGUAUGCCAAUCAUGUGGAGAGGACGGUGAGUCUAUUAACCAUGUUUUGUUCUCCUGUACUUUGGCAAGACAAGUGUGGGCAGUUUCAGGGUUUCCUUCGCCUCGGGGUGGGUUUGAUGCUGCGUCUAUUUAUGCAUGAUUUGAUAACUAGCUUCUUCUUUUGGUAAUAUAUUUUAAAAUCAAAAGAAAUCAGAAGCACUUUGGAUUUACCAAAUAUAGACAAUAAUCAUGAUUCCGAUCCAUAUCAUGACAUGUAAUCUUGUUGUCUUACUAAAUCAUACCUGUAACGUGGAUUAAAAAUGUUAAUACCAGUCUUGUCGUGACAACCUGAUGUAACGACGCGUGAAAUUUAUCACUGGACCUACAUCAACUCAACAAACGUAUCGAGCAACGAAGGGGCAAGGGCAAUUAUGUCAUCUCAAUUUCAAGACUACUGAUUAGAUGGAAGUUGGUAGAGAGACUGGGAAGUGACACUGAGUCACUGACCGUUGCCGUUUUGGAGCCCUUGGUAUGGAAGUACAUGAGAAUAGAUGAACACAUUUCAUAGGAUUUUGUAGAUCGGCCCCGGGUAUUCGUAAGUGAUCCUCUUAAUGUGUUUGUGGGUACAUAUGAAUGUUUUUAAUUUUUUAAGUUUGUUAUCGCUGAAAGAGAUUACAGUUAAAAUGAUUUUGGAGUUGAUCUGUAAUCUAAUUCGUGCUGGUUAUUCUGAAUAUUCUUGCAAGAACAGGUUUCUUAGAAAUAGUUUUGGUUUUGAUCUUCUGGCCAAUCUGCUUUUGAAUGUUAAUGUAAAAUCAAUGUGCAUUUUUAUAAUACUCAGAUAGUCAGAUAUUCUACAUGAUUACCUAUUUAGUCUUUGAGAUCUUUCCAUAUAUAAUUUUGUUUUAGCUUGUACAGUUGUACUCUAUGAAGAUAAAUUUUACUUAAUCGUGAGCCAUGUUGUAAUGAUUAGAUGACGUAUUUUAAAUCUGGUCUCUUUUGCCAUAUAGGUGGACUGUUCUUUGUUUUUGUUGAUUUUCUCUGUCUGCACCUUCAAGCUCUUGUCAUCAAUAUUUUCACCCAUUGCUUCAUUCUCUAAAGCUGAAAAGUUUGUAUGCUCUCUAAGGACAAAUUCAAUUCUCAAUUAUGUACAGGCUCUAGGGACUAAUUCAAUUCACAUUCUCGGUAGUCUUUUUAACCGAAACAUACAUACUCCUAUUUGUUUAGGUUUUAUUAAACAUUAUUUUUCUU